AUGUUGCAAGUGUAAAAACAAUGUCAGUGGUCACAUGAUAUAGAGCAUCCAUUGGACUGUAUAAAUCCUCCCUAGCAGCCACCAUAGUACUACAUUUACAUUUCCUUCCCCGGGAGGAAGAGCAGCUCCGUCUUGCCGAGGUUCAGCUUGAGGUGGUGAUCCGACAUCCACACUGAUAUGUCUGCCAGACAUGCAGAGAUGCGAUUCACCACCUGGUUAUCAGAAGAAAAUUAAUUGUGUGUCGUCUGUGUAGCAAUGAUAGCAUGGUGAGAGCACGUGGUGCGGAGACAGAUUUUCGCCACGCCACCUGGUAGGAGCGAUCCAAGUGUGAGCAGCGCCGGUGAUGCCCAACUCGGAGAGGGUGGAGAGGAGGAUCUGAUGGUUCACAGUAUCAAAGGCAGCAAAUAGGUCUAGAAGGUUAAGAGCAGAGGAGAGAGAGUUAGCUUUAGCAGUGCGGAGAGCCUCUGUGACACAGAGAAGAGCAGUCUCAGUUGAAUGACCAGUCUUGAAACCUGACUGGUUUGGAUCAAGAAGGUCAUUCUGAGAGAGAUAGCAGGAGAGUUGGCUAGAGACGGCACGCUCAAUAGUUUUGGAGAGAAAAGAAAGAAGGGAUACUGGUCUGUAGUUGUUGACAUCGGAGGGAUCGAGUGUAGUUUUUUUGAGGAGGGGUGCAACGCUCGCUACAUUUUAGUAAUUUAGCUCUUAUCCAGAGCCACUUAAAGGAGCAAUUGGAGUUAAGUGCCUUAUUCAAGGGCACAUCUAUAGAUUUUUCAACUAGUCGGCUUGGGGAUUUGAGCUAGCAACCUUUCGGUUACUGGUCCAACGCUCUUAACCACUAUACUACCUGCUGCCCCCAAAAGGAUAAAGUACGGUACAACCAUUCACUAUUAUCUAACCGUCCUUCACUAUUAUCUAACCCUCCUUCACUAUGUAAUAAAAUAGUGUUUCAGUCUCAAUAUGUGCUACAUAGUAAAUAUUUAGACAUGGAUGACACCAGACCUAGAUCCCUUAUCUUAUCUUAUCUUAUCUUAUCUUAUCUUAUCUUAUCUUAUCUUAUCUUAGUCGAGGCAUAUUUCUGAAGAUGAACUCAUGUUCUUACUGCUUUUUUUCUCCUCAGGAACUAGCCAGGCAACAACCCAGCCAGGCAACAACCCAGCCAGGCAACAACCCAGCCAGGCUACAACCCAGCCAGGCAACGACCCAGCCAGGCUACAACCCACAGGCAACAACCCAGCCAGGCAACAACCCAGCCAGGCAACAACCCAGCCAGGCUACAACCCAGCCAGGCUACAACCCAGCCAGGCAACAACCCAGCCAAGCAACAACCAAGCCAGGCUACAACCCAGCCAGGCAACAACCCAGCCAGGCAACAACCCAGCCAGGCAACAACCCAGCCAGGCAACAACCCAGCCAGGCUACAACCCAGCCAGGCAACAACCCAGCCAGGCAACAACCCAGCCAGGAAACGACCAAGCCAGGCAACAACCCAGCCAGGCAACAACCCAGCCAGGCAACGACCCAGCCAGGCUACAACCCACAGGCAACAACCCAGACAGGCAACAACCCAGCCAGGCUACAACCCACAGGCAACAACCCAGCCAGGCAACAACCCAGCCAGGCAACAACCCAGCCAGGCAACAACCCAGCCAGGCUACAACCCAGCCAGGCAACAACCCAGCCAGGCAACAACCCAGCCAGGCUACAACCCAGCCAGGCAACAACCCAGCCAGGCAACAACCCAGCCAGGCAACAACCCAGCCAGGCAACAACCCAGCCAGGCUACAACCCACAGGCAACAACCCAGACUAGCAACAACCCAGCCAGGCUACAACCCACAGGCAACAACCCAGCCAGGCAACAACCCAGCCAGGCAACAACCCAGCCAGGCUACAACCCAGCCAGGCAACAACCCAGCCAGGCAACAACCCAGCCAGGCUACAACCCAGCCAGACAACAACCCAGCCAGGCAACAACCCAGCCAGGCAACGACCAAGCCAGGCAACAACCCAGCCAGGCAACAACCCAGCCAGGCAACAACCCAGCCAGAAUACAACCCACAGGCAACAGCCCAGACAGGCAACAACCCAGCCAGGCUACAACCCACAGGCAACAACCCAGCCAGGCAACAACCCAGCCAGGCAACAACCCAGCCAGGCAACACCCAGCCAGGCAACAACCCAGCCAGGCAGCAACCCAGCCAGGCAACAACCCAGCCAGGCAACGACCAAGCCAGGCAACAACCCAGCCAGGCAACAACCCAGCCAGGCAACAACCCAGCCAGGCUACAACCCACAGGCAACAACCCAGACAGGCAACAACCCAGCCAGGCUACAACCCACAGGCAACAACCCAGCCAGGCAACAACCCAGCCAGGCAACAACCCAGCCAGGCAACAACCCAGUCAGGCAACAACCCAUCCAGGCAACAACCCAGCCAGGCUACAACCCAGCCAGGCAACAACCCAGCCAGGCAACAACCCAGCCAGGAAACGACCAAGCCAGGCAACAACCCAGCCAGGCAACAACCCAGCCAGGCAACGACCCAGCCAGGCUACAACCCACAGGCAACAACCCAGACAGGCAACAACCCAGCCAGGCUACAACCCACAGGCAACAACCCAAUCAGGCAACAACCCAGCCAGGCAACAACCCAGCCAGGCAACAACCCAGCCAGGCUACAACCCAGCCAGGCAACAACCCAGCCAGGCAACAACCCAGCCAGGCUACAACCCAGCCAGGCAACAACCCAGCCAGGCAACAACCCAGCCAGGCAACGACCAAGCCAGGCAACAACCCAGCCAGGCAACAACCCAGCCAGGCAACAACCCAGCCAGGCUACAACCCACAGGCAACAACCCAGACUAG